AUGGGAACAGAGACACAUGGCCAACAUGACCCCGCAGGUCUGCUGACGCCAGCGGAUACCAGCAACUCUCAAAAAGCCCAGAAGAAGCCCUGGGUGAGGUAUCGGGUGGAAUACCGACAGCGCUUAACGAACGAACUCCUCCGCCAAGAAGAAUCGGAAAACUUUCACGUCGAACAUGAAGCAUCCGAAGAAAUUCAUGAGCCCAUCUUUGAGCUCAUCACCACUUUCAAGACGCGAGUGGCGGAGACGGCGACGGCAAACAGCGACCAGAUCACGGCCCCGGCAAUGGCGCCCCCGACACACCACAUCAACAUUUAUUCGCUUGCCUUGAUCAAUGCGAUUCAAUCGGUUGUCAAGUACUACCCGUCGCAGGACUUAACGGGCGAUGUUCUCACUAUCCAGUCGCCGUAUGCUGUUCUUGUUCACCACUACGAGGAGCUGGCCAAAUUUGGCCAAGAGUGCGCAAGUCAAGAAGCAAUUGAACUCUGCGUCAGGGAGCGAGAUGCCGAGGAACACAUCGGCUUGCUUCUUGGCUUUCUUGACGAGCAUAUCAUGCCUGAAGUCCGCGCUGAGCAAGAACGCAACAGGAAUGGGAUCACUACUUUUGCGUAUCGGUGGGUUACUUACAAGCCUGGCAGCACCAUCAUGACAUCCUUCACAGGAGAGACAGAUUGGGCUGCUGAAGUCGUGCAUUCCGUGGAAGGCGGCACCUUUGACAAUCCGCCUGGGCAGUGGGAGAUUCAGCUCUGGAGCCUCGCAUGUAAUGGCCGGCAGCUCGGCAGAACCAGUCGUACGAUCACCUCGGGAAAAACCGAGGGCGAAGUGGCAAUGACCAAGCGCUUCUUUAUUGUCGUCGGCAAUGAUCUUUCCAGAACUGAAGAUGAAGGACUGGAUGAGAUCGUCUCGACGCAGUUUGCAUACGGAAAGAAAUACUGGAGUCUUCUCGGCAAACAGUGUCAGUACUACAAAGGCCAGAGCGGGGAGUUCCCAUACAACGAAGUGGACGGCUUGGUCAUGGCCGAUUUAAAGAGCUACUUUUCCACAUCAAGGAGGGAAAAGCCAACUCUAAUGGAUGCCUCCGACCUACGGAACUGGAUCACCAACUGCUCUUGUUCUGUUUGCACUAAGCGCAAAGACACCAAGAGUACGCAGGUGGUCCCCAUGUUUGACAGCUACAACUUCAUCCCCAUCUCAGUCCCGGGCUCCAGUCUCAGUAGACACCAAUAUCUGCUUUGCCAGCAACAUAUCAAGGCUUUCAUAUUUGGUUCCCGGCGAUGGGAACGGCUUCAUGUGCGCAAUUUCCAAGAGCCGUCCUUUGAUGAAGGCAUGAUCAACAGCCUAGUCAUGCAUGAAGGGCGAAAGGAUAUCCUCAAAGCGCUGUCCAAGAGUUUUGCCCGCCGCAACAAGCACGACAAGGUUGUACCGGGAGAUAUGUGGUCUGCCGACUUUGUCAAAGGGAAGGGCAGCGGUCUGAUAUUCCUCCUGCACGGAAAGCCCGGCGUGGGUAAGACGUGCACAGCUGAAUGUAUUGCUGCCUUCACAAAACGCCCGCUAAUGAUGCUAACUCCAAGCGAUAUUGGAACGACGGUUGAAGAAGUAGAGGCAAAUCUGACGAAGAAUUUCAAGACAGCGAGGAGUUGGGGCGCAGUCCUCCUCAUCGACGAGGCGGAUGUGUUCAUGGAACGACGAACGGCAUCCGACCUAGUGCGCAAUAGUCUCGUUGCAGCGUUCCUUCGCGAGCUGGAGAACUACGACGGCAUCCUCUUCCUCACCACCAACAGAGUCGGUGCAUUCGACGAUGCCUUCAUUUCUCGUGUACACGUCCAGCUGUACUAUCCCGAAUUCACAGACGAGCAGAGACAGAAGGUCUGGAAGACUUUUAUUGACAAGCUCGCGCGCGAAAAGGGCGAAUCGAUGCGUCUCAACAUUGACGCAAAGGAGUACAUCCGUGGCGCAGAGAUGCGUGCGAUGAAGUGGAACGGCAGAGAGAUUAGAAAUGCUUUCCAGACAGCAGUGGCGCUGGCCGAGUACGAGGCAGAGACGGAUGAAGAAGGAAAGACGAUUGUAAACGACACGCAUUUCCGCUCGGUGGUGGAGCUUUCAAGUGACUUCAAAAGCUAUCUCGACAAGUUGCACGGGGCCGAUGAGUCUGAGAGAGCGCACGAGAACCAUGAAAGACUAGACGCUUUUUUGACCGCCGACAAGGCAAACUGAUAUGAUGGGCCGUAACUUAAAGUACACGAUUCGGGAGCAAUGAAUAAUGACA